AUGUUCGGAAUCUUCGCGGACUUGAUGUCCUCGGUCAUCACGAUCUUCUUCCCCGUCUUCGCUUCGUUCAAAGCCCUCCGCUCCUCCGACCCCUCCCAGCUGGCACCAUGGCUGAUGUAUUGGGUGGUCCUCUCGGUCAUUAUCUGGGCGGAAUCCUGGACUUACUUCAUUAUCGGCUGGUUCCCAUUCUAUAGCUGGAUUCGCCUCUUCUUCCUGUCCUACCUCGUUCUUCCCCAGACGCAAGGGGCUCGCCUGAUGUACCAAGGCUACGUGGAUCCAUUUUUGGCACACCAUGAGCGAGAGAUCGAGGAGAUGAUCGGCCACACCCACGAGAAGGCUAAGGCGCUGGGCCUGCAAUACUUCUACCAAGCCAUCGAAAUGAUCCGGGAGAAAGUUUUGGGUCUACCUCCCCAGCGCCCUGAAACCCCUUCCCAGCAGGGUGGUGCUGCUUCAUAUGCGCAAUCGCUGCUCUCUCGCUUCAACAUCCCCACUGCUGGAGCCGCAGCUGCCUCUAACGACUGGUACUCCGUUCUCAGCUCCGCUGUUGGCGCUGCGACAUCUACCGGACGGUCCCGCGAAGCCCAGGAUGAGCACCUUUCAGCCAGCGGCACUCUCCUCCAGCGCCAAAUGCAGUCCAUGUCUGGUGCCGAGAAGGCGCAGUUCAUUUCCUCCCAGCGAGAGCUAUUGGAUCACCUGCGAUCAACCUUGACCCGUGAGGAACAGAGCACCCCCCGCGAGUCGGAGAAUGACGACUUGGCCUACGGCGUGCCCCUCCGCAAGAACCGAAGCGAGAACUCUUUCGAAGUUGUUGACAAUGAGGAUCUCGGUCGUCGCUCGGACUUCAAGACCAGCGGCGGAUGGUCUACUGGAUGGUUUAGCAACGAGCAGGACUCGUCUGGGUCAUCCGGAACGGAUUUCGCGGCCCGUGCCAUUGACGAGAUCGCCCGGGCGCGCGCUACCGGGUACGAUCGAUCUUGA